GAGCUUAAUCAGAUGCAAGUAGAAAUACAGAAGAGAAUCCAGGAGACGGAAAAGAGGCUUAUAGAGCUCCCACAUGCUGCCCGCCAACACAAAGCCUUGGUGCAGGCUCUAAAUCAAGAGAGCAUAGAUUUAUUCUCGGAGCUUGUCAAGACUGUGAAUCAAACAGGCAUCCAGGUCGGUGAGGUCCUCAGCACCCAUGAGACCUCCUUAGGUAGCCGGGUCGAAGGACAGAUCCACAGACUGGAGCAGGAGGUGGCAUCGCUGCGCUGGAAGAAUGAUGAGCUGAGCAGGCUGAAGGACAUGCAGGACGACAUCUGCUUCUUGAAGAAUUUCUUCAUCAUGGAGCCGCUGGGUCAGACAGGAGCAAUAGGAGAGUCGAUACUGAAUCAGGAGGAAGCGGUGAUAGCCUCUGUUCGCUCUACCAUGAAAGAACUACAGGAGUCAAUUCAGGAACUCUGCAAAGCCAGUCUGGCCAAGGUCAUCACAUUAGUGAAUCCUGAUGCAGUGGCUUCAACAUCCAAUGAUGCCUCAGCAGCAGCGGCAGCAGCUAGCAGUGGCCAGGCGACCACACAAACUACAGUGUAUGAGAUGAUGACAGACCCUGCUCCUUUGCCACCUCCACGACCUCGGUGCCAGCAUGAGGAUUCAUUAAAACGUCCUGCAUGUGCUGAGGCUUCAGCCCCACCUUCCCCCUUCCCUGCUCCCCAACCUCAGGGUAAAUACAAAACACCUCCUGUAACAACCGUUGGACUUGUUAACCCAGAACCAAAGACAAGAGAAGAAUUACUGAAAUUUCGCUUCGAGCCCACCAUGGACGCCAACACCGUUUAUCGCCACGUGCAGCUUUCCGAUGGAGGUCAUAAGGCCACGAUGCGUGCUGAGAACCUGAACCUACCGGAGCAUCCUGAGCGCUUCCUCUUCUGGAGGCAGGUUCUCUGCAGAGAGGCUCUGGCAGGGAGCCCUUUCUACUGGGAGGUGGAGUGGACUGGCAAGAAGAUGACUAUAGGCGUGGCAUACAAGGAGAUUAAUCGUAGGUCUUCUGAUGACAGCAGCCGUUUGGGCCACAACGCUCUGUCUUGGAGCUUGUACUGGUCCGGGACUGGCUUCUCUUUCUGGCACAAUGGUCAGGAAAAACUGCUGGGCUCUCCUAAGUCCCGGCGGGUUGGCAUCUAUCUGGACCAGCAUGCAGGGGUUCUGGCCUUCUACCGCAUCUCCCACAACCAGGCUGAGAUCAUCCACCAACACCAGAGCCAGUUCACAGGUCCGCUGCACCCAGGGUUCAGGUUCUGGACCGGAGUGGGAGCUACAGUGACUGUUUGCCAAUUGGAUUGAGUUGUAUAUGAAAAAUGUGUUGUCAGCUUUUGAUAUAACCAGCUUGUCUGGUUGGCAAAUUGUAAUAAGGUUAUGUCAUAUAGAAACAAAACAAAUUCAGAAAUGUCUGGUUUUCAUAUUCUUUUUACACAAAAGCUUAAUUGAUGAGAUUGAUUUGUAAGUGAAUAAAAGAGAAAACACGCAUUUCAUCGAUACGUCCUUAUUAAAACAUGUUACUUAGGUUAACUUACGAAGUUUGAGUAGCCCUCAGUAUUGGUUUGAGUAUGCUAAUACAGAUUGUUUAAGCAUACUAGUAAGUAACACAGUAAAGGUUUAUAUUUGCUGUCAUAAUUUG